AUGGCCAAGUUCAACUUCCUACCGACUUUACAAGACGCUUUUGAACCUUUAUUACCGCAGCAAGUGGAGAUUCUCCGCCAGCAAGUUCUUUCAGAAGGAGGCGAUUCCGCCUCCAUCCAGUCGAGAUUCAACUAUGCAUGGGGCUUAAUCAAGAGCAAUGACGUUAAUGACCAGAGACUAGGUGUCAAGUUGCUGAGCGACAUAUACAAAGAAUCGUCCACAAGAAGGCGGGAAUGUCUCUACUAUCUAGGGAUAGGCUGCUACAAACUAGGUGAAUAUACUAUGGCCAAGAGAUAUGUCGAUACUUUGCACGAGCAUGAACCAAACAAUAAACAGGCGUGUGCCUUGAAAAGCAUGAUUGAAGAUAAGAUCCAAAAGGAGACUGUGAAAGGUUUGGCGCUCGCAACAGGUUUUAUUGCAGGAACAGCAGCUAUUGCUGCUGUGUUGUUCAGAAACCGGAAAAGAUAG